CUUUUCACUAAGGAGCCAUAAGAAGCCUUAGCAGUCAAGCAGAGGUACCAUCGAGUCCUGGAAGACCAGCAGUGAAGGUGCCCUGUCCGAUCAGCAGCCAUGAAGUUUUCUCUGAUCGCUGUCCUGGUUGUGUUUGCUCUGGCUCAAGGUGAGUCUCUCUCCCUUGUCAAAAGAGAGGCCCCUGAGAUUGAGAGACUUACCAAGUAUUUCCAGGACCUGUCUGACAUGCUGAGCAAAACCGCCGAGGAUCUGGUGGAGAAAGUCAAGACCCAUGAGCUGACAGGCCAGGCCCAGACCUACUUUGAGGAUGGGAAGGCCCAGCUGCAGCCCUUUGCUGACAAGGUCCAGGAGCAGCUGAAGCCCUUGGCCAGCAACAUCGAGGACCAGCUUAAGCCCCUGGCUGAUUCCGUGCAGGCCCAGCUUAAACCCCUUGCUGACUCCGUGCAGAGCCAACUGGAGGACAUCUGGCAGCAGGUCAUGCAGCAUACCAAAGCCUUGGGCUCCAAGUAGAUGAACCCUGUCCUGGCCCCUGGCAAGCUGCUACCAGCCAGAUCUGGCUCACGCUUGCCUAAUGUCUUCCCAUGCUUUAACCUGCUGUUAUAUCAAAUAAAAUGCUUGAUAGUUA